AAAAGUGGAUCAAGAGUGGGUGGGAGUAGGGUUGUACAGUGACCAGCCAUCCUGGUUUGCCCCAGAGCUGUACUAACUUUAGCAUUGAGAGUCUCAUAUCCCAGGAAACCCUUAGUCCCAGACAAACCAGGGUAUUCAGUCACUCAUAAUCUCAGAAAAGGCCUGAGAGGUGACAUUUGAGCAGAGGCCUCUGGGAUAUUAGUGGAAGCCUAGCCAUGCAGAAGUCUGGGGGAAAAGCAUUCUAGACAGAGUGGAAAGUAAAUGCCAGGGGCAGGAGGCCAGAGGGCACUCUGUGUGUUUGAGUGACAGCAAGAAAGCCAGAGAGGCUGGAGUGUAGUGACAGGGAGAGCAUGGGAACCAAGGUGGAGAGGGUGAUAGGAGCUAGGUCUCAUGGAAUCUUGCAGACCAUGGUAGACUUUGGAUUUUAAUCCUAGGUGUGACCGGAAGCAACCAGAGUUUUUGAGCAGCCAGCUCAUGUGAUCCACUUAGAUUUUUUUUUUUUUAAGUGGCUCUCUGGAGUUGGGUGGAGAAAGAUUGUAGAGGGUAAAGAUAAACGCCAGGAGACAGUAGGAAGCUAUUGCAAUAGUCCACGCCAAGUGGUGACCGUGGCUCAGACAGGGAGGUUGCAGCAGAACUGGCGAGUAGCAGUGCCUUCUGGAUUUAAUUUGAAGUGCUGCUGAAUAAAGGCCUCAUCGGUGUCUUGUUACUGAGAAGAAGUGUCCUUGUUCUGGUUAUGUGCGAUGUCCCUGAGGGAACAGAGGUCUCUGGUCUCAUCUUAAGCACUGCUGGAUCCCAUGUGACAUCAACAGCCCUCUGCUGCUGCUGGGAGUUCUGAGCUGGGCACUGGGGCAGGGCCGGCGCCAGGCACAGACACUUCGGCCCUUGUUGGGAGAACAGAGAGAGGCUCUCUUGUCCACUGCCUGUCUUCCGGCUCCAACUGCUGGUUCCCUCCGGGGCCUCUCCUCAGGCUGUGCAGAACCCACCUGAUCACGGUUACAGAAUGGACUCUAGCCCGGCGGGCAGCCCCAGUCCUCAGCCCUCAAGGGCCAAUGGGAACGUCAACCUGGGGCCUUCAGCCAACCCAAAUGCCCGGCCCACCGACUUUGACUUCCUGAAAGUCAUUGGCAAAGGGAGCUAUGGCAAGGUGCUACUGGCCAAGCGCAAGUCUGACGGGAUGUUCUACGCAGUGAAGGUGCUGCAGAAAAAGUCCAUCUUACAGAAGAAAGAGCAGAACCACAUCAUGGCGGAGCGCAGUGUGCUUCUGAAGAGCGUGCAGCACCCCUUCCUUGUGGGCCUACGCUACUCCUUCCAGACGCCCGAGAAGCUCUACUUUGUGCUCGACUAUGUCAACGGGGGAGAGCUCUUCUUCCACCUGCAGCGGGAGCGCCGGUUCCUGGAGCCCCGGGCCCGGUUCUACGCCGCCGAGGUGGCCAGCGCCAUUGGCUACCUGCACUCCCUCAACAUCAUUUACAGGGACCUGAAACCAGAGAACAUUCUCUUGGACUGCCAGGGACAUGUGGUACUGACGGAUUUUGGCCUCUGCAAGGAGGGUGUAGAGCCCGAGGAGACCACAUCCACGUUCUGUGGCACCCCCGAGUACUUGGCUCCAGAAGUGCUCCGUAAAGAGCCUUAUGACCGGGCGGUGGACUGGUGGUGCUUGGGGGCAGUUCUCUACGAGAUGCUGCAAGGCCUGCCACCCUUCUACAGCCAAGACGUGUCCCAGAUGUAUGAGAAUAUUCUGUACCAGCCGCUACAGAUCCCGGGGGGCCAGACGGUGGCCGCCUGCGACCUCCUGCAAGGCCUUCUCCACAAGGACCAGAGGCAGCGGCUGGGCUCCAAAUCAGACUUUCUUGAGAUAAAGAACCAUGUAUUCUUCAACCCCAUAAACUGGGAUGACCUGUACCACAAGAGGCUGACUCCACCCUUCAACCCAAAUGUGGCAGGACCUGCUGACUUGAAACACUUUGACCCAGAGUUCACCCAGGAAGUUGUGUCAAAGUCCAUUGGCUGCACUCCCGACACUGUGGCCAGCAGCUCUGGGGCCUCAAGUGCAUUCCUGGGAUUUUCCUAUGCACCAGAGGAUGAUGCCAUCUUGGACUACUAGAAGAGAACCACUCUUGUAACCACUGAAGACAGCUGCUCCCUGCCCCAGGAAUAAUGGGGGAUGAAGCUGGAAGAUCAUGGAAAACACACCUACGACACUAACACAGACCUACUGCAGAUCUAAGCUGGGUCAGGAAGAGUUACCAUUACCCUUUGGCAUGUGCUGAGAACUCUGAAACACUGUGAUUUGAUUUCCAUCAUAGCAGUAUCUGUUAUUUGACAAGUGUGUGGAACAAGAUGUGGGAGUGGCCAAAAUUUCCCCAACUUCCCAAAGCAAAAAGCAACAGAGUGUAAUUGUUGGAAACAUGAUAGUACUGUCACAAGUAUACAACCCAUUAUGGGUUGUGAAACACAUAAUGGUUCCAUGUGUUCUAAGACUGUAAAAUCACAAAAUUUUCACCAAGACAGAAAAUAAAAAUGUAGAAAAACUA